UAUAUUGCUUUGGAUAAAAAGUUGGAAAAAGGAAAGUAAUACAAAAGCAAAUGAAAGCAAAGCAAGUUUCCAUGAAAAUUCCAAUAAGAAGCACCCAGUCCAAGGAUUUUCCUCAAGGGGGAAAAGUUUGUUACCAAAAGAGUCAAUCUUGAGAAUUUAACCAUGGGGAGAAAAGAAAAAAAAAAAAAAAAAAAAGAACAAAGAAAUUAAAAUUGUGAAAAUUGCACCUAGUGUACAACAAUGUCUCUAGAUUGAGAUCUCCAAAAUCACUAUCCUUCUCUUAUAUUCUUCAAUUCGAUUCAUUUGGUGGGCCAUCUUGAUGAUAAUCUACAAUUGCCUUAGUUUUUCUUUUCUGAAAAACAAAAAUCAAUUCAAUGUAACUCAACUGAUAUUAAAUUCUCUUUUAAAUCAGAGUCAAUUAUUACAAACAAAAAAAAAAAGAUAAAAAAAAAUCCUUCUUUUCUUAGAGUAAUAUAAAAUCUCUACAACACAACAAUACAUAUAAAACAUAUACAUAUCCUACCAGCUAUUUAAUUUUCUUCUCUCAUUUCAUUAGUCCAACAUUCAAGAUUAGUCUCUUGCUUUGCUUCUUCUUCGUUCCUCUCUUGCAUUCUUUCUUGACUAAGUAUAAACAUGAAUGGCUAUAGAGAAGACAAUUCUUGCUGUUAUUUCCAUCCAAAAGAUGCUGUUAUAGGUGUUUGUGCUGUAUGCUUAAAUGAAAGGCUUCUCGUUUUGGCUGCAAAGCAAUCAUCAAGAACAACAGCAACACUUAGAACUCAAGACGUCUCCCCUAAGAAGCCACCCAUUAGUCUUCCUAAGAUCUUUACUUUGAGUUCUCUUCUCAAUCGUCUCGAAUUCCGGCAUUGGAAGCUUUCUGAUGAUAAUAACUCCGAUGUCUCUACCAGUCCAGAAGAAGACUCUUUUAUAUCAAUCAAGUUCGAAGACAAUGGUGCUGCAUCAUGGGAAAAGAGCAACACAGUUUCAAAGGUAUGUCUAGAGAAGCAAUGCAGCAAGUCAUGGAUCAACCAAAAUCAGAUGAGCAAAGAAGAAGCAAAACAAGACAUCAACAAGGACAUGACUAAGGAGACAAUGAGUGUGAUAGAGCAUGCAAGACCACGCGCUGCGCUGAGGUGGCGAAAGCGGAUAGGCCAUCUGUUCCAGGUCAUCAAAUUGAAGAGGUCCAACAAAGGAAACAUGUGCCACGUGGGAACCAAAGUUGAGGGAGUCAAGGUAAUGAGGAAGGGGUGGAUAAGGUCUCUGACAAAGAGAAGGACCAAAGAAUAAAGAGAAUUCUCAAUAGAAAGGGACAUAAGCCUUUUCCUCCACCAUUCCUCUUUGUCGUUGGGUUCUUAGUUUUUCAAUAUUAUGGACUGUAAAGUUCUGUAUUAUUGAGAUAGGAGAGUCAAAAAUUUAUAUGACUUUACUAUCAUCACUAGCUCCUACCUACAGAAAAAGAGAUUUCCUUUGAGAUUCUUGAUUUUCAUUUCUCAA